CGCUACUUCCGCUUCACUCGAGUAUGAGUGUCGACCAGCACUAUACCCUUUACAGACUACGCUUUAACCUUCAGAGUUUAAACCGGCUCGAAGAUUUAAUCUUACUCGUCUAGGUCGCGUUUAGGCCUCUGUAUCGCGUCGGGAUCGGAGAUAUGUCUUUGAAUUUGUUAAAAAAAACGGCUGCGGCGAGUUUAUUCAGCGCGCACACGGCGCUCGUGCCCGCGACCCCACUCAAAGCGCGAACCGAGGACGAGCUCGACGGGUGCGCGGACGAACCGGACGCCGUGAUUAAGCCGUUAAGACCGGGAACAAACGGCCUGAAAGGACUACAGCUAGAAGGACGCUUCGUUUCCGCGGCGGAUGGAUCUCUGCCGAGCACACCGGACCCGGAGGAGUUCGGUUACGCCGAGCUGGAUCGCGACACGCGGCAGCUUUUGCUGGAUUUUUAUUUCACGCGCACUGGAAUGUGUUCGCGGGACCGGAAGCUGCAUCACGCCUUACCGACGAUGAAUCGCGUCGUCGAGGACAUUCUCUUAAAGCACGAGAUAGCGUACAAAGGAAUGCUUCAGCGCCUGGAUCUGGACGCUCAAGCGGACGACAUGAGCUUCGUCGGCCACAUAGCGACGACCAUGUUCAAAGACCACACCACGAACUGGGGCCGGAUCGUGAGUCUGGUGGCCUUCGGGGCGGUGGUGUGCUCGCGUCUGAAGGAGCUGCAGCGGGAGCGGUGCGUCGAGGCCGUGACCCUCCAGAUCUCCUCCUAUCUGACCUCGCAGCAGCUCCACUGGAUCCUCAGCAACAAGGGCUGGCAUGGGUUCGUGGAGUUCUUCCGCGUGGAGGACGUGGAGUCCGUGAUCCGGAGCGCUCUGAUGGCGGUGGUGGGGUGCGCUGGGAUCGGCGCCGGCCUGGCCUUCCUGAUCCGGUGACCUCGGCUAGCGCCCCGCUCUCCUGACCGCCGCUCACAGGCUAGCAGACGCCCCGGUGCUCUUCAGCACGUCUCUGCUCCGCUGGACCGGGCUCCGAGCCUGGCGUGCUCUCUCCAUCCCAGCAUGCCCAGCACAGAUUGGGCUCGCCCUCAGCCAGCGACAAAACAGUUUUAUUUUCUCUAUAUAUAGUUUUCUAAUAAAGCACUGAAAAAUACA